UUUCACUCUUUUGCCUUAUAAUCCCUCGCCAUCACCAACUCAAAACCCUACCUAUCCAUCUCAGCUGCUGCGAUGUGGCGGUGCUCCCGCCUCGCCGGCGCCUUCCGCCCCAGCGUCUCCGCCCGCUCCUACGGCCUCAUUCCCAUGGUCAUCGAGCACACCUCCCGCGGCGAGCGCGCCUACGACAUCUUCUCUCGUCUCCUCAAAGAGCGCAUCAUCUGCAUCAAUGGCCCCAUCGCCGAUGACACCGCCGCCGUAGUCGUUGCUCAGCUUCUCUUCCUCGAAUCUGAGAACCCCUCCAAGCCCAUCCAUCUCUACAUCAACUCACCUGGUGGGGUUGUCACUGCCGGCCUCGCCAUCUAUGACACGAUGCAGUAUAUCCGCUCCCCGGUCUCUACUUUAUGCGUCGGCCAAGCUGCAUCCAUGGGCUCCCUCCUCCUCGCCGCUGGCGCUGCUGGUGAGCGUCGUGCACUCCCCAACGCUCGCGUGAUGACCCACCAGCCAUCCGGUGGUUUCUCCGGCACUGCGGCAGAUAUCGCAAUUCACGCCCGAGAGAUCCUGAAGAUGCGGGAGCGGUUGAAUGGGAUCUAUGCCAAGCACUGCCGGCAGCCGAUUGAGAACGUAGAGAAGAACAUGGAUCGCGAUACGUUUAUGUCACCGGAGGAGGCGAAGGAGUUCGGGCUCAUUGACGAGGUUAUUGAGCACCGCCCGAUCUCACUGGUGUCGGAUGCCGUCAAUGGUGGUGGGAAUGAUGAGAGCAAAGCUAAGGGUGAGGGUGAUUCCAAGUAAUUUGGUGAUUUUGGCAAGUUGCAGGGUCAAAUAAAGAACAAGCAUUUAGGUGGUCAGACAGGGGACCUGGCUUCAUUCUUUUGGUAUUCAAAUUUUACAACAAGGAAUGGCGAAGAACUGAAACUGAAAGGAUGGUUGGUAAACAUUAUCCUCUUUUUGCUGGUUGUAUCUUCCAGGUUUAUCACCUGCUCUGCUUUGAGUUAUGCUAUUUAAUCUGAAGUUUAUUACCUUUUUGAAGAUGGUAAUAUUGUUGAUCCUAGGAAAACCUAACAGCUUGUUGAUUCAACAAGCCUUUUUUCCCCCUUUUCAAAUCAAAUAGUAUUACUCAGUUAUUUUUCUGUGGACAAUCCAAAGAAUGUGUUGUUAGUUC